AUGAAGAAUCCAUUCACCUUACAUAUCAAGAAUCGGACGGUCAACUUUGACCAUAUACGGGAUCUCAAACUUAGAAGACGGCGCGUUCUUGAUGAACUCGACCGAACACAUUUCCAAUGGCUAGUGGUGUUUGUAUCUGGAGUCGGCUUUUUGGCGGAUGGGUAUGAUAUAUACGCAGCUUCAUUGAUAAUGCCCAUGAUAAGUCAUGUAUACUGGGAAAAUAACAUGCCUGCACAAGUCGAGGCUGCACUUAAUGCCGCAAUUUUGGCUGGAACGGUAAUUGGUCAGUUGGCAUUUGGAAUAUUUGCAGAUGUUUACGGGCGAAAGACCAUGUAUGGCCUCGAGCUUAUGAUCAUCAUCGGGUCCACAGUCGGCAUAACAAUGUCCUCUGAAGGUGCUGGUGGUUCUAUGAACAUGCUGGGAUGGCUUAUUUCAUGGAGAGUUCUACUUGGUGUGGGAAUUGGUGGCGAUUACCCAUUGAGUGCUGUGAUUACCUCCGAAUUUGCGCCUACAAAGAGUCGAGGUAGAAUGCUGGCAACUGUUUUUUUCAUGCAACCUAUCGGCUAUCUGCUAGCCACUAUCGUCUCGGUGAUUGUCCUGGCAGCAUACGGAUCUGAUAUCCGUGGGCACGCGACCUGUCAGGACAAUAUUCAGUGCCGUAGUGCAGUGGAUAGUGUUUGGAGAUGGGUAAUUGGGUUAGGCACGAUCCCCGCCGCGUUGGCUAUCUUCCUGAGGUUCAGCAUCCCAGAAAGCCCUCGAUAUACAACCGAAAUUCUGAAUCGACCGGGCGAUGCUUUGGAGGACGUCAAUCAAAUGGAUUUGCCAGCCAUGUCACCCACGCCUGCGCCUGCGCCUGACAUGGAGGCAAAUGCGGAGUUCGAGAUAUAUGGCUCUGGUGUUCCGGGAUUUAAUGCAACAACCCUGCACAGGAAUGAAGGUUCGCUAGAUGAGUAUCACGCUUCUGACAAUGUUGAAAGACGCAGUUUGGCUUCACCACAUGGGUCGCCAAUGCUCCGUGGUGCAUCUUCCACAACCGUCAAUGAGGGACUGCAUCAUAAUAUCACUGAUCCGAAUCUUCUUACAGCCACUGCCGGGGCUCGUACUUCCUUUGGCAACAAUGGUGUGGUUUUCACACGGCCAUUUACAGCAAAUGAUGAGCGGCCAGCCUCGUUGGCGUUAAGCCCAACCAUGCUCACUCAUGCGGAAUCGCAUGAAAGCGGCCCAUCAUCCGAGGAAGAUGGGGGUGGUAUUGAGUCACGAAAUAUCUGGGCCAAUUACCGCUCUGUUAUGAAGGAAUACCUUUGGGACAAAGGAUGCUGGGUUGUUCUCUUUGGUACAUCGUUGACAUGGUUCUUCUUUGACUUUGCAUUUUAUGUCAUGGGGCCCAAUUCAACUCAUGUCAGUGACAGAGUUUUCAACACAUUAAACGAUGAGCCUGACGUGUACCUGAGUCUGAUGAGACAACUAUGGCACUCGCUCGUCAUUGUCUCACUCGGUUCAAUCCUUGGAGGAAUAAGUAUGAUCUAUCUCAUCGGACGCUUCUCACCGCGCACACUUCAACUCGCAGGUUUUCUACUCGUGUUCGCUCUCUUCCUAGUUGUCGGCCUAGUGUUUAUAUUCCUCCCCCCGCCAGCUCAAACCCCACUUGUGGUGUUUCUAUACGUAAUUGCCAUGGUUUUUUUCCAGAUUGGCCCCAAUUUCACAACAUAUAUCAUUCCCUCGGAGCUUUUUCCCACCCAAUUCCGUUGUACGGGAGUUGGUAUCUCUGCAGCUGCUGGGAAGACAGCCGCCGUGUUUGCUCAGCUUUUUUCCACUCUAUCUUCCCUGGCCCCUCAGCGCGACGGGUCGUCCAAAUGGUUUGGUGUUGCAAUUAUUGUUUUCGGCGUUUUCAUGUUAAUCGGAGCCGCUUUGACUAAGUGGUUGACGCCAGAGACCAGGACUGCGGACGGACAGCCUAAGCCGCUGGAGGAGCUGGAAUAUGUUGGUAGGAAAUAUCCCAUACGAUAUCUGUCCAUGUCGAAAGGGGAGAAAGAAAAUAUCCCUAUGGGUGAAACAAAUAUAGAAGAUAGUCGAAUUAUGCCUGAACCUACUACUGAUGCUGCUACUCAUGUUCAAGGUCAUAGGCAUAUAGUUACUGAUAUGGAGGAAUGA